UAUAACCUAAAAAUGGCCUCUAGUUUAUCUUCAGCCUGGACUCUUGUUCAUCAAACUGAAAUUCAAACUAAUGAAGCUUUAGAGAAGAUCUACUAUCAAAUUGUUACAGAAUCAAACAAGUUCUAUAUAUGGGGUAAAGAACUGAGCCUCUGGAUAGACGAUAUUAAAGACCAAAGCUUUCUUAAGACUAUGAGAAAGAUUCCUUAUCCUCAUUUUGAAGAAAUAAAUUUGCAGAAUGUCUCACACAGAAGUAUCAAAAAGGUUAAGUUUCUUCUUGAAGAAAGAAUGAGAAUUAAUGCAGACUCACUGGUAUUCGUAGCUAAAAAUAUCUCUCGUGUGACAGCUUAUUUGAGCUUAAUCAUUAAGGUAAGCUAUAAAAUUAGCCAUCGAAUGUGUCUUGGAGAGCUUAUAAUGAAUGAACUCCAACUUAAGAGAAUACUCUUUGCAUAUAAGCAUGUUAAAGUUCUAGAAUUUUCUGGAUGCAUUUUCAGUCUCCCAAAAGUACCUGACUUCACCAAAUGUCUAGAAGGGACAUCUAUCAAAGAGAUAUGACUAGCAUACUGAGAACGAAGAGAUUGGAAUGACUGGAUUAAUGAGCCACAGAAAUUUGAGAACCUCAUCAAAGGUCUUUCUAAUUCAGAUCUAAAAGACUCUCUGCAAGAAAUAGAUUUCGGGUAUUUCUGAGAGCUCAAGCUUGAUUUUCUGAAAGAAGUACUUUCAAAGCACGGCUUUGGACACGUUGAAGUUUCAGGAGAUUUUGAUCAUUAA